AUGGCGCCGCUUCCCGCCCCUCCCCGGGCCGAGGGGGCUGCGGGUGCUUCCAGAUUGGAAGUUCUGUAUCGUGCAUUAGAGCCUGACUCUCUUCAUCGUCUUCCAGUGCAUCCGCUUUGGCAGAGUCCACUUACAAUUCCUGGGGGCACCCGGCAGUCUCCUAUCAACAUCCAGUGGAGAGACAGUGUUUAUGACCCUUUUCUGAAGCCUCUGAAAAUCAGCUACGACCCAACAACCUGUCUUCACAUCUGGAACAAUGGAUAUUCAUUCCUGGUUGAAUUUGAUGAUUCUGCUGAUAGAUCAAUAAUCGUUGGAGGUCCCUUGGAAAACCAGUACAGGCUCAAGCAGUUCCACUUCCACUGGGGAGCUAUAAACGAGUGGGGUUCGGAGCACACGGUUGACAGUAAAUUUUACCCUGCAGAGUUGCAUUUAGUACACUGGAAUGCUGUUGUGUACCCAACUUUUGAAGAAGCUGUGAUGGAAGGUAACGGCUUAGCUGUUAUUGGAGUGUUUUUAAAGCUAGGAGCACAUCACGAAGGGCUGCAGAUGCUGGUUGAUGCUUUGCCAGCAAUUAAACACAAGGACGCUGUUAUCGAGUUUGAUGUCUUUGAUCCCUCCUGUUUGAUACCUUCAUGCCCUGAUUAUUGGACCUAUGCGGGCUCUUUGACUACGCCCCCACUUACUGAAUCGGUCACAUGGAUUAUUAAGAAGCAGCCAAUAGAGGUUGAUGAGAAUCAGCUGGAGGCAUUUCGGAUGCUGCUCUUUACUUCAGAUGGUGAAGAAGAGAAGAGAAUGGUAGACAACUUUCGCCCUCUUCAGCCAUUAAUGAACCGCACCGUCCGUUCAUCCUUCCAGAGCAGGCAUCUCUUGAAUGCUGAACUACAGCCCAAGGACCAUGCUGAGCAGAUCAGGCCGUAGAUGGCCCAUGAAAUGUCAGUCCAGACUGCAAUACCUGGAUAUAACUGUCGUCAUUUUUUUAUUUUUCCUUUUUCUGCAGUGUGUGUAUGCCGUAUAGUUUCACAGCCAGACGAUUUCAGUGCUGUUAAGUGCCAUUUGGCCCUCAGUAGAGAAGCUGUGGGGUUUUCUUAGUUUUGCAUUUUUUAAGAAUUAAAUAAUAUUAACCCUUAACAAACUGACAUGCUUUAGAGUAGGGAUCAACAAGGAAUUAUUUUGGCAGUUAAAAGUAAAAAUAAGGGCAGGAGAUAUCUUCCCCUGCCUCUUUGCUGAGUUGUUCUGUGUCUCUUCAAGUGCUCUUUCCGUGCUUUGCAUGAUUAAUAAUCCCAUCUGAAAACAUGUUAGCAAGCAGGAAGUGUGAAGAAGUGGAAAGUAUUAAUACUGAUCAGGUCCUUUUGUGGAAUUGUUUUGGAGAUUUGGGAAGAGAACUAGCUUCUCUAGUUACAUAUACAGAGACAUUUUAUCUUCUUCCUUAGGAUAACAAGAGGAAAAG